GAGGAGGAGGAGGAGGAGGAGGAGAAGAGCGCCAGCGGGCCCGGCCGAGGCAUGGCGUGUUUCGACGGCUGCCACUGUCUGAGCCACAGGAGGCGCGGCAGCAUCCUCUACAGCAUCCUCAAGAACGACGGUCCGGCGGAGCGGGCUGCGCACCGGCGCCCCGAGCCCCCGGUCCCGCCGCAGGCCUGCUCGUGCGCCUCCAACAGGCGGGUGGCGCUCCGGAGUCCGCAGGUGACGUGCAAAGCCGCGUCGGCCGUGCUCGUGAAGACGCUGCGCUUCGUCAAGAACGUGCCGUGCUUCCGCGAGCUGCCCGCCGACGACCAGCUGCUGCUCGUGCGCAGCAGCUGGGCGCCGCUGCUCGUGCUGGGCUUGGCGCAGGACCGCGUGGACUUCGAGACCACGGAGAGCGCGGAGCCCAGCAUGCUGCAGAGGAUCCUGACGGGCGGCCGCGACGAGGACGAGCGCGGCGACAAGCACGGCGCCCACCGGGACGUGUCCCUGGCCGACAUCCACGCCAUCAAGGCGUUCCUCAACAGGUGCUGGGGGCUCGACAUCAGCACCAAGGAGUACGCGUACCUGAAAGGAGCCGUGCUCUUCAACCCAGACCUCGCGGGGCUCCGCUGCCUCCAGCACAUCUGCGGCCUGCAGCGCGAGGCGCACCGGGCGCUCGACGAGCACGUGCGCAUGAUGCACCGCGCGGACGGCGCGCGCUCCGCCAGGCUCUUCGUCGCGCUCUCCACGCUGAGGUCCAUCAGCGCGCGCGUCGUGGCCGAACUGUUCUUCAGGCCCGUCAUCGGAACCGUGGACAUGGAGGAGCUUUUGCUCGACUUGUUUUACGGGAAAUAGCGACGGAAAAUGGACCGGAACGGAGGAGACGGCCUUCAGACACGUUCAUCUUUUGAAACUUUAUUUUGACGCAGCACAAAAAGCAUCCCUUUAAUUCAUUCCAGCGCAAUAUUUACCACGGGACAAGGAUAAGGUACCGGAGGUUCACUGCGGACUGUCUUUAGCCGAAGAAAUUAGGGGGGCAGAAUAAAUAUCCGUAU